CUAUAGAGUUUUGACCUCAAACUUAUUGAACACAUAAGGUACAAAUCAGAAUGCUAACUGCACCCCAGGCCUUCUCACCUCACAUACACCAGUACCUGACUUUACAAACACUAAAUGAAUCUCCACAAAUCUCCACAAACACACUCCAAAAUCUAGUGGAACAUCUUACCAGAGGAGUGGAGGUGAUUAUAACAGCGGAGGGGUGUCACCAAACUUUUAUACAUAUAGUGUAAGUAAUGUGUGUAGCAUGAGUUUGAAGGGAAGUGUGUGCGUGUGUGUGUGCGUGUGCGUGUGUGUGCGUGCGUGCGUGCGCAAAUCCGUUAUUCCGCUAUUUCCAAGCUGAGCUCCACUGAGCGCCGUGGUUUCUUAUGCAUCUGUAAAAGAUCCCUUCUUCUUUACUGAGAGCAGUACCAAGAGCUUAGUUUCCAAACUCCAAAUCCAGAGAGGAAGUAACUGUUUAUUCUCUCUCUCUCUCUCUCUCUCUCUCUCUCUCCGUUAACGCGAACCAGGUGGAAGGGCUCUGCCACGCAUUGAACUGCAAGCGAAAACACUACCCGCUACCGUUUUUCUUCUUAUGGAAAUAGGAUUUACAGUCUUCCUCUGAGAUUUCCUACUUGUUUUUAUUCCUGGUGUGUGCCUUUUGCGCCUGGCUGGAGCUCAGGAGCGCAGUUUUGGAGCAGACUGAAAGGCAGAGAGGAGGCGGUGUUGGAGAUCCGCUCUUCUGCAGCUUCUGCGUGGGGGAGAAAAAAAAAGAAGAAGAAAGAGUGCUUUUUACCUUUUCCACAAGUUGCCCUGUAUAUUCUGUACAAUAUCCCAGACUGUGUGAUGAUGUGGCCAUGUUCGUGAACGCGCAUUGCCUUGGCGAGCAUCACUGCGCGUGAUUUAUAUAAAAAAUUAUUUAAAAAAAGUUGGAAUGCGGCUCUGAAAGUUUCCGAAAUUGCGCUUGUGUGCAAACCUGAGCGGGGAUGUGAUCGAUAGAAGGAUGCAACAGCGCGUCUGACAUCAUAUUAUCCUCAUCCUCAUCCUCAUUCCAUCCUAUUCUAUCCAUGGUACCUUAUGUGUCUGGGCAUCGGGAUGCUGCUGCGCCGGGUCCUGGGGAUCCUGGGGAUCCUGGGGAUCGGGACGCUGAUGCGCACAUGGCGCACGGCACCACUUGUGCUUGUGGGUUUGGCUGUGUUUCUUCUCUACCACACCUCUGUUCUGAACCGGACAGGCUUCAGACCUGGACAAGAGGACCAAAAGAACAAUUCUGUGAUGAGGGACCAUCCGGUGCUUCUACAGCACAGAGGAGAUCUCGGCUAUUUACUAGAAGCCUGGAAUGAUCACGGUGAAGUGCACUGGUCUAAGAGGAGCUGUGUGGGGAAGGCAGUCAUAUUGACAGGGCAGCAUGUCCCAUCAGAUACAGAGGUUCAGCUUUAUCGCAGAGUCCUUCAGGAGCAGGGUUACCGUGUCAACCAAGGACGCUAUGCUGAGACUAGUGCUACCCUCACACACAGCGGCAGAGAUGGUCAGGAAUGGUCUCUCUUGAUAUGUCUCAAAGGAACAGAAAAAAGUUGCCUCCGUAAAAUCAACUUUGCCCGUUCACAGCCGUACCAGAGGGUCAAUAUUAUACCAUCGUUUGUUAGGGCAUUCAUGGACAUGGGCGGAGUCUGUCGAUUUCUAACGGACAGUCAUUUGUCAGGCUUGUCAUUACCCAUAAUUCCAUCUGCCUGCACCUUUUCUGGAGCAAAGCUGGAAAAAUCUCCAAUUCACACUGAACAUAUCUGGAGCCAAGCAGCCCAGUCAGCCUCCCGAACUAAUCAGGAUCUGGUAGCCUUAGUGAAUGUGUAUGUCUUGGUCACAUCAGCAAAUCCCCUCACUGCAUUCCUCCAUCGUACAGGCUUGGUCAGGACUCAUCUGGACAAACACAGUUAUAUUACUCAGCUGCAGUCAUUCUUUACAGAUAGACUUGAUCCUACAGCGGCUCUCCAGGCAUCUGAACUCAUGAGACAGGUCAUCAGUGAAGUUCUCACAGCUGCUAUUUUAACCACAGCUGACUCCAGCUCUCGCUCAAGGUGUUCACUGUGUUUCCAGUUGAUGACCUUCACACUGCAUUACAAUGCAUCUGUACGACCUGUGGUGGUUAAGGUACAGACGGACUUGCACUUUGGUGGAAUAAAAGAUCCAGACUUGGAUGGGCAAAUCACCAAAGAGUACAUAUUAGAAGAUAUGUUAAAGCUCCUCUUCCCAGCAUGCAACAGUGAGGACAGAUCUCCUCAAAGUUCUCAGAAUACAGUGGAAAUCCAGUACAGUGGCUGUGAGCAGACAAACAGUCUGUGCUUGACACCAGAUAAAAUGCAUUUCCUGCUUCAGUUUCAUCAACAGCUCAAAAGAUCUGGCAGCUUUCAUCUGUUAUACCCCAGAUCAUCUCAUUUCUCUGAUCUCCAGCAUGAGAUCUUUCAAAGAUUUCCAACUGCAGAGGAUUCUGGAAGGGCAACAGGUCUCUCAGAACUUCUCCAACAACUAAGCUUAUCCUACAUACAGAGCAGCGAUGAUCCAGACAAGCCUGAGAAAUGGGAUUUACAGCCACCACAAACAGGGAGGUGUGUGAAACCUCAUCUCCGUCAGUUAUACACCCAUCCUCCUCUGGUUCUUACACCGCUCUUUAACCCUCGGGUGAAGGAAUACAGAGCAGAGGUACCGUUUGACGUGAUCACUAUCUGGAUCAGGCCGGAACCUGUGAGUGCAAAGUGCCAUGUUCACCUGGACGAACAUCACGGCCCCAGAAUGGUGAACUACCCACUCGGCCUGGGCAACAGCCGUAUCAACAUUCUGCUGAUGGAUGAAUCGGAGGAGGAGCCUGUCGUCAUGACGAUAUACACUCUGCACAUAUUCCGGGAGAGCCGGCCCAGCCUGCCGAUGUUUGACGAGUAUGUGAUGUGCGGCUUCAUACAGGACUGUGGUCUGGUGGUCAGACCUGAUCAGCCCUGUGGCCUGGAACCUGUUCCUGAGCUUAAAUCAUCUCCGAUUUGCUCUUCGGGAGAUGCACCCGGACGCUGGGUGGUGCCGUGCCUAAGCUGUUCAGACAACAGGACGUGUGAUUGGCGGGAUGUUGCCUGGCAACCAGACAGCUGUUCGCAUCCUGUAUUGGAGCAGCCACAGCUGCAGCGAUGCAUGAUGGACAAGAAGGUCCUGUUCAUCGGUGAUUCAACUAACCGAGGGAUGAUGUAUUACUUGAUGGAGCGAGUAAACACUACGCUGGAGGAUUGGGACAAGGCUCAUAACACCAUCAUCUAUCACAAUCUAAACCAGGGCAGGACACUCAUCAGUUACUCCUACUACCCCCAGUUCUGGCUACAUAAGAGUCAGAGACCAAGCUUCAAGCAAGCGCUUGAACAGCUCAUAGCAAGGUCACGACCUCUGGAAAACUCUCCUGAGACUGUGCUGGUUGCUGGAGGGGUCCAGUGGCUAAGUCUGGAGCAUCUGAGAACCAUGCAGCACGUCCUUGAGAGAGAGAAGCUGCAGAACAUCAUGGUGGUGGUGAAAUCUUUAGGAAUGGGCUUUCAUCUGCCAGUGGAUGGCAUUCGCUCUCUCUCCCUGAGUGGAGUGCAGGACCUCUACAGCAUGAACAAGAACAUUCUGGAAAGUGCAAAGCGCCUCAGGUAUGAGGUGAUCGAUACAUUCAGCAUCACCAUGGGCCGCUACAAGGAGUUUCUUCAGGGCCGUUGUGCCUGCCAUUUCCACGAGGUUGGUAAGCCAUUGCUUCCCACGGUGCCUGUCCACAAAAGGUUGCGAAUAGUGAUCCAUGCUGAAAAAACCUCCAGUGUGACUAGCAUGAGGCCAGAGCCAUCGUCUCGACCCAGCUCAUCCUACCACGUGAAGGGAGCAGUGAACCAAGUGUACUCCGAGAUCCUGCUCAGCCGAGUGUGCAUGUCUUAUAUCAAUAAAGGGACCAGUAGCCAGCACUGACAGAGACUUACUAAGCUGUUAGCUGGUGUGAAUAAAGUGUGUGUGUGUGUGUGUGUGUGUGUGUGUGUGUGUGUGUGUGUCUGUUGGGAGUGUGCUGUCUUAAUGCCAUAGGAUGUAUGUAAUUGUAUAAAAUAAAGCCAUUUCCACAGAGGCUUUGGUGCGAUACAGUGAAAGUAAAGCAUGAGGUGUGUGUGUGUGUGUGUGUGUGUGUGUGUGUGUGUGUGGGUGAGUCUUCCAAAACAGCUUUAGCAGCUGCCCCUUACUUUUAGAUUGUGCCACUGAUUGAAGCCUACCGUGAAAACAUUUCCAAACGUUCCUUGUAACGUUCCUAGGACGUUUCUGGAACGGCUUCAUGGUUUUCCAGUAGUGCCUUUGAUGUCGCCCAGUAUCUGAUUGUCAGACGGAAGCUCGGGUGACUCUGAAGUUUAACCCCUAGCCUCAAACCUGCAAGUGCUGUUUUGCGUUUACCAAAGGUCUUAUGAAGAUUACAUAUACCUCACAAAUUUAUAGCUCAUAUAUUUUUCUACAGAUGUCUUUUAUUUCCAUACUUUUAAUGGCCAAUGUAAUAUAAUCAGUGUAAAAUAUCUUGCACAUGCUUAUAUAUAUAUAUAAAUAAAUGAAAAAGCUUUAUAGUUUAAGGUUACUGAUGAUUUCUGCUUUGUUCUGGAAUGCUGGCAUGCCUAGCCAAAUUUCUUCGCAUUUAUAUUUACACAUUAAAGAACAUUAACUUUACUUCUAAUAUGUUUAAAAAUUGCUUCUACUUUGGGAAUAAUUUAAAUGUGCAUUUUAUAUAUAUAUAUAUAUAUAUAUAUAUAUAUAUUCACAGGUUGUUUAAGUUUAGGAUGAAUAUGUUUACAUUUAGGAAAAAGCUAAAAUGUAUAUAAGCUGUCUGAAGUACUCAAGAAUGAUAUGAAUGAUGAAUUUUAUUAUUAUCCUUUUUAUUGGUUUACAACUGGGAACUUUUGUAUCUUGCGCUAUUAAAAUGUAUAUAAUAUGCAUCAGUGUUGUUUAAGAAUUAAAACCUGAAAAAACCCAAACGCAUUAAAA